GUUUUAUAUCCUCCUCUUGUUAGUUUCUCAAGAAUACAAAACACUUUAACUUUUCUCCCUUUCGUUAUUCUUUUCACAAAAUAUUGUUGUAAAAAUAAUUAGUCAAUCAGCUUCCAAAGGAGGAGGCGACCACUCAACCCUCGCCCUGUGUUUCAUUACUUUGGUACAUUUGAUGAGUUUUGUGUCAAACUGAAUCCCCGGGAUGCUGACAUGUUGUGUUGUUGUUGUUGUUGUUGUUGUCCAGAUGAGGUGGUGUGUGGCUGUUGUCUCGGUGGUGCUGCAGCUCUGCAGCCCAGCGCUGCAGUCUGACCCGCUGCUCUACGUGGCCCAGCUGCAGGACGGGAGAGAACAACCCAACAAGCCAUGGCUGAACCCCACGCUGGAAGAUGUUGUUCCUUCCCGGGAAGUCAUCCAACCUCCUAAAAUCAGAGAGAUCCCAGAAACCGAGUCGACCUCUCACUCCUCCCCCAUGUUCGGUGAACACGCCAACCUCAAGUGGGUGACGUGGAGCGGCCAACUCCCAAACGGCGCCGUCGCCAUCUUCAACGGCUACACCGAACGCACCGACUACGUGUGCAAAGUCAACUGCGAGGCCGGCUUCUACUCGCCCAGCAAAGGGAACUUCUGCCGGUACCCGUACGCCGACAAGGAGUACGCGGCCUCCAAGUUUGAAAUGCUGGUCAACGUGGACCACUUUGAGUUCCUGGAGUGGGUUGAAGACUCGUACGGGUCGGUCCCGGGUUACGCCGUCAAAACCUGCCAGGACUCGGACAUCUUUGUGGGCAAAAACAAGUAUGGUCUCGGCAAAGUGGUGAGCCAACACGAGGCCUUCUUCCUCCCCUGGGAGGGCGAUGAGUACUGGUACAAGAGUUACCAGGUUCUCGCCAUCAACAGGGACGGCUACAGCCAGCACAUCUCUCACGUGGUGUAUGGCAUCGACCAGAUGGAGCUCUUCCACCAUCCUCCUGAGGCCCUGCAGCUCGCCAAAGUCACCAACCUGGAGUGCAGAGCCGUGGCGAAGACGGUGACACUGGAGAAGACCAGCUCGGUGGGGAAGACCUGGGACAUCGGCAGAGAGACCCGCAACGGCUCCGUCUCCACCAUGAAGGCCAAGGUGCCCAUCCUCGGCCCGGGGACCGUGGACUUCACCAAGGAGCAGAAGGUGACCUUCUCGGAGGGGACCAGCGUGGUAGAGUCCAUCGGUCACUCCGUCUCCGUGGAGCUGCUGGUCCCGCCCAACCACUCGUGCGCUGUGAGGAUGGACGGCAGGAAGAUGACGGCCGACAUCCCGUUCACCGGCAGGCUGAGCAGGACCAACCACAACGGAGACACCCACUGGACGUACAUCACGGGCAUCUACGACGGCGUGAGAGUCGGCGAGAUCAACGCCGUAGUGGAGAGGUGUCAGCCGGUGACGGACGCCGUCCCCUGCUCCCCAACUCAAGACUGAGGACUUCAAAAGUUAAAUAAAACUCUGUUUUCAAAAUAAAAUACAAU